GGAGGAAAAUCAGCUGAAGGAAAACACUGCUGGCUACUUCAAACCAUGGCUGCGGAGAUUCAUUCGAGGCCCCAGACCGCCAGGCCGGUCCUCCUCAACAAGAUCGAGGGCCACUCAGACGCCGUCAAUGCGGCCGUUUUAAUACCCAAAGAAGAUGGAGUUAUCACCGUGAGCGAGGACAGAACCAUCCGGGUGUGGCUGAAGAGAGACAGCGGUCAGUACUGGCCGAGCAUCUACCACACAGUCUCCUCUCCAUGCUCUUGCAUGUCGUACCACCACGACAGCAGACGCAUCUUCAUCGGCCAGGACAACGGAGCCGUUGUGGAGUUUCUCAUCUCUGAAGAUUUCAACAAGAUGAACCACGUCAAAACAUAUCCAGCACACCAGAACCGUGUGUCAGAUAUGGUGUUCUCCCUGGAGAGCGAGUGGGUGGUGAGCACCGGCCACGACAAGAGCGUGAGCUGGAUGUGCACCCAGAGCGGCAGCAUGCUGGGGAGACACUACUUCACCGCCUGGGCCUCCUGCCUACAAUACGAUCACGAGACGCAACACGCCUUUGUUGGCGACUACUCAGGACAGAUCACUCUGCUGAAGCUGGAGAAGCAGACGUACUCCACCAUCACUACACUGAAGGGUCACGAAGGUAGCAUAGGAACGCUGUGGUGGGACCCCGUCCAGAGGCUGCUCUUCUCGGGGGCCUCCGACCACAGUGUCAUCAUGUGGGACAUCGGGGGCCGCAAAGGACGAACGCUACUGCUGCAGGGACAUCAUGAGCGUGUUCAGUCCCUGCGUUACCUCCAGCUGACGAGGCAGUUGGUUUCGUGCUCAGCCGAUGGGGGCAUCGCAGUAUGGAACAUGGACACACAGAGAGAAGAGGCGCCUCAGUGGUUAGACAGCGACUCCUGUCAGAAGUGUGAGCAGCCUUUCUUCUGGAAUAUCAAGCAGAUGUGGGACACGAAGACUCUGGGGCUCAGACAGCACCACUGCAGGAAGUGCGGCAAAGCUGUGUGUGGAAAAUGUAGCUCCAAACGCUCCACGUUCCCAAUCAUGGGCUUCGAGUUCCCUGUGCGGGUGUGUGACGCCUGCUUCGACACCAUCAAGGAAGAAGAUCGGACAGCGUUGGCCACUUUCCACGAGGGGAAACACAACAUCGCACACAUGGACAUGGACCCGUCCAGAGGCCUGAUGGUCACUUGUGGAAGCGACCGCAUUGUUAAGAUCUGGGACAUGACACAGGUGGUUGGCUGUAGCUUAGCAACAGGCUUCUCCCCGCGCUGAUUGGCCCGGUGCCCCCUCUCGCCCCAUGCUCCGCCCACUCUUCCAAUGUCAUGGAAACCCCUGUGUACAGUACAUCUCCUCCCCAUCACACCUGGGAUCUUCAGCUGCAACCCGGCCAGCUCUCGGUGAAUGUGCGAGUGUGUGCGAGUGUGUGCGAGUGUGUGUGUGUGUGUGUGUGUGUCAGCAGUGCAGCCGUCCACGUUCCUUUUGCUUCUCAUGAUAAAAUUCUCUUUAAUUUCACUAAUCGUCAGUCUCACAUGAAAGUGUGUUUGCCUGAUUUUGACUUUUUGCUCUGAUCUGAAACAGAACCCUAAGCACAAUGGUGUGUGUGUGUGUGUGUGCGAGUGUGUGUGUGUACAUGUGUGCAUGUAUUGUAAUGGUUUCUCCUUUAGGAGGAAUGGUAUUGAUAUUAGUGUUUACAUUCAAUAUAUCUAAUGCUUCUUUUGACAGUAGUCAUUUUUUAUUGCCCUUGCACUGUAAAGUUAGCCUUCACCAUAUUGCUGACCUGCCAUUCCUGGAAAACAUACUCUUCUCUUGCUCAUUAGUGUGGCCCACUAACUGCAUAUUACUCCGUCACUGUACAAACCCCCGGUCAUGUGUACAUACCCCUGCAUCAUGUGUAUAGUAGAUGCUUGAAAUGACUCACUGAUCAAAGUGAUCUUUUUUCCUCUCUCUCUCUCUUUCUGAUUUCUUUUUUCUCUUUCACUAGUUGGCCUUAAAUCACUCUCAGGAGGUUUUACAUCAGUAGGGUAUCACUAGGUGGGGCUCCGAUGAUGUCAGUCGUAACCAUUGUUCAUGUGUAGUCGGUAGAGAGUCGGUCGAGCGGCCUCCUCCAAAGGAAGUCUCUUGAUACACCCACAGGUGCUGCCAUAGAGAAUGGAUGCCGUUGUCAGAUGUUUGCCUGACAGCAGUGACCCCGCUUCCACCUCGUGAUCCCAGGUGAGGCGUUUGAAAUUGAAAUACGUUGCCAUAGUAACAAGCACAGACAGCGGCAACAUCCUAUUGCAGCCAUUGUGGCGUGUACCCAGAGCAGUCGCCAUUCAGGAUGGGAUUAUUGGGACCUGUGAUCAUUUCAGCUCUGUUGGUAGAAACUAGGUUAACAGCACCACCGCCUCGUACAGGUGUGACUCUCUCUAGAAAACGUAGAUCAAUAUCACAAGUUUUUUUGGUGCAGAAUUGGGUUUCGUGCCACCGGAAAGGCCCCGAGGUACUGGACCGGUACUCUGAACUAAAUGUAGCAGUAAACGUUGGCGUGUUGAACCGUCUCCAGCUCAAUCCGAGGUCAGAUCAGGGCUGCCUGUGUUCCUUCAAAAGCCUUAAAGAGAGAAGGACACGCUCACAAAGCCUUUUUAGUGGUUUGUCAGCGCUUACGACUGUUCACUCAUGUUCAUUUACUCUCAAGCACUCAUCUCGUGAACAAGCUCUGGAUGUCUCGUUUGCGUCUCCUUUCUUCAACCUUUUUUUUUUUCUUUUUCACUUUCUGUCCUCAGUCGUCCCGCCCAACCCCUCCUCCACCUCCACACACAUCUGUCUCAUUACGCUCUCAGCACUGCACUGAAUUGCACAACUUGUGGUCUCUGUCUUUUGAAUCUAACGAAACGUUUUUGUAAAGUUCAGACGUGAGAGAGAUAGCGGCUGUAUUCCAUGUAGCGUCCUUGUAAAUAGCGGCUAAUAUCUAACAUUAGACUAACGCUUGCCUUAUUGUAAGUGGAACAAUGAGCAUUAUAAUGUUUCUGAUUUCAAAAUGUAGUCACAUUCCAGUUUUUUGAUCAUGUAGUGUAUAUUUAUAUUUGUAGUAAAGUAUUUAUCUAUCACUGUAAAUGGUUGUUUACUUUUCUUUGUGCCCAUCCAGUAGUCUUUUUUUUUUUUUCCUUAUAGAAACAAACUAGAACAUAUUAAACACUCUUUUAUGAAGCACAUGUGAACUCAGAGACGUUGAGGUGAACUGCAGCGUCGGGUUUUACUCGCUGACAUCGGUGGAGGCUGAUUGGUUGACCGAGUGCUUGUCAUGAAGCGGCGAUUGCUUUCCAUCAUCAGGAUCUUAAUCAGUGAUGUGUAGAUACUUGGGGUUAGACUGAAAGCUGACACUAACUGAACUGGUCAGGAGCCAGUAGUGUUCAUUAUUUUUUGAAGAUUAAAAUAGUUUUUUUUUUCCUACAUUUGUCUCCGAGACUAGAUUUGUGUCGGCGUGUAAAAGCCUCUGGAAACGGCUUUUUCCCUCCAUAGUGGACACUAAGCUCUGGGAUGAAAUAUGCCUUAAAUUUAUACACGUAAAAAUAAUAGAAAAUGAAAAAGUACAAUAUUAAAGCUGCAUUAAUUGGUUUUAUUUUGACACCUGCAUGCAGCCAAACUGGCUUUGUAAAGUUGUGUUGAAUGUAUAAUAAAGAAGCUACACACAGCUGCGCCGUCUUUUGUUGGAAUAAAAACAUCGAUUGGUGCAGCUUUAAGUACUUCAAGUUACUACAAGAUGAAAACGCUGCAUUGUCUGAUUAUUUAGUUUUGUUUUUUGGGCCGUUGCUGACACUGGAUUGAGAUGGAAACAGCCUGACACAAGAUUCUUGUGACAAACAUACUUAAAAACAGUGAAUUAUCCGGUUAUUUGGAGGCUAAAUGCUUGAAUAUGUUGUGGUCGGCCAUGUUUUGCUGGGCAGGUGGAGUUCUGUGGGUUUUUUCAGCACUUUCUGUUGAAGAAAAACCAAAACAAUGAGCUUUAAGGCGUAAAUUGCUUCUUAGAGGAACUUCAGAGUCAGGUGAUGAUUCUCUGUGGGUUUGCCGUUACAAGUAAAUUACAGUCACUUGAUUAAUAAAAUAGAUUAGUGCAGCUUUGAAAUACUCUCAAGACUUAAAUUGUAUCCGGACUUGUGUUAUAUUAGACAAGCAGCCAACACUGACAUGUCAGUCCGACCCCAAGUAUUAUAAGAACUGGUGUCACGAUGCGUCAUCAGGGAUCUACAGGGUUUAUGGCGAUGCUACCGUACAAUCAGGAGCCAGAGCUCUCCUUUUCUGUUUCAGCUAACUGGGCAUUGAAGCUUCUUCCAGUCAUUACUUCUUAUCACGUCCUUGGAGCAGGCGCAGCAGAUGGACGAGAUGUUAAAGGUAUGAUAGAUGGCAGGAUGCGCUGUUUGCAGAAAUAGCUCAUGAAAUAGAUCUUCAGAUUGCCUGCCAGCCGCAGGAAGGAACCGAUGGAUUUUUGUCGCGUUGUAAAUGGUUUAUCUCCGUUUCUUUCACCAGAUGGAGCAGUUAUAGGAGGCCUUUAGUUUUUUUUUUGUCAUCUUUAGUUCGACAGAGACUAGAAUGGGUGGCGGUCGCGUUGGCCACAUGAAAACACUGAAAACUCAUUUUCCACAACACCAUGGCCUGUAAUCUCAAAAUGCAAUUUGAUUUCUGUGUGAAUUUUUCUCCUCAAAACUGCUUGUAAAAGACGGGGAUGUUGUUCAUGUAUCUCUCCAAAUAACUGUAUUUUUAAAGACUUCUGUUGACAGUACAGUGCUGACUGGAGUCUCCCUGUGCCCUCAGACCAGAGCACAGGCAGGACUAUGAUGCUUAAUAAAGAUAUUUGAUAUGUUUA